GGAGCUCCAGCUCCAGAGAUUCCGGUAUGCGCGGGCUGUAAUCAGCACAUUGUAGACCGCUUCGUUCUCAAGGUGCUGGACCGCCACUGGCACAGCACGUGCUUCAAAUGCAGUAAUUGCCAAGGCCAGCUCGCGGACAAGUGUUUCAGCAGAGGCGAUAGCGUCUACUGUAAGGAUGACUUCUUCAAAUGGUUUGGAACUAAAUGUGCGACCUGCCAGCAAGGCAUUCCACCUUCCCAAGUGAUACGGAGGGCACAGGAAUUUGUAUAUCACCUGCACCGUUUCGUGUGCAUAGUCUGCAAGAGGCAGCUGGCCACGGGCGACGAGUUCUUCCUGAUGGAGGACAGCAGGCUAGUGUGCAAGGCUGACUAUGAGAUCACCAAGCAAAGAGAAGCGGACUCCACAGUGAAGAGGCCACGCACGACCAUCACCGCCAAACAGCUUGAGACGCUGAAAAUCGCCUACAAUAACUCCCCAAAACCUGCGAGGCACGUGAGGGAGCAGCUCUCAUCGGAAACCGGCCUGGAUAUGAGGGUUGUGCAGAGUUCUCUACAUUUGGCGCAACAGCUCAAAUGGAAACUAGAGUACAAGAUCAGAAUAAAGCUCCCACACAUGGCCUUAUGACUGUUGCUCCAGUGAAGAACCUGAAGUCCAGCCUGCCUCACUCAAGACAUGCCUGAGACAAGAGUGGCUGUAUUCCAAGUAGAACAAUGUACGGGAGGCCUGUGAAUCUGGGCAGUGUGAUUUGGAACUGUAUAGUACAUAAUAAGACUCUAUUGACAGGGUUCGUACGGUCAUGAAAAGCCUGGAAAAGUCAUUGAAAUUUAAAAUGCAAUUUCCAGGCCCUGGAAAAGUUAUGGAAAAUAAUAUUUUUUGAAAUGUUUUGGAAAAGUAA